ACCAGCAUUUACUUUCCACUGAGUUUCCAUUUCUGCAACUUCUCUCUCAUUGUUCCUCACGCUCAAAUCUAGCCGUAGAUUCUUGCCGUCACCGGCGAUGAAGAAGCUCCCCUCCAGAAAAUCCCCUAGAUUCUCUUCUUCUUCAACCCGUACCCGCAACAAAGCGGAGCCCCGACCCGACGAUGCGUGGGCCCUCUCAUUGCCCCAACAAGGCAGAUUCGCAUCCGAAACUCCCUCUCCCCAAUCAAGAACAUCGCCGACAUUUCCCCCCUCUUCAUCGGCUCCGGCGUUGACCUUGACUGCCGCCGAGAAUGUGGUUUUGAGCGAGAGGUGCUUGAGAUCGAGAACUGUCUUGAUGAAGAGAGUUGUGAGUGAGAGGAGAGGGAGAGGGAAGGCUGCUGCCGAAAUUGAGAUGCUGGCAGUUUCAAGAAAUGCGGAACAGAGUGUUGAGUUGUUGAGUAAGGAGAAAUGCAGCUCAGAGGGGGUGAUCGCUGAGAGUAUUCAAUUGAAACAGAAUGUGGCUGAGGAUGCUGUUGGAAAAGCUGAUCAAAAGGAGAAGAAGAGGAAGGAGAAGGGUGUUUUAUGCUGUUUUGUAGGGGAGCCGAUUCCGGAGGAAGAGGCUAGGAGAAGGUGGCAAUGGAGAUAUGAUUUAAAGAGCAGAGGAAAGGGCAAAAACUGGAAAAUAAACGCUGAUGAUGAUGAUGAUGAAAUUGUACUGAAUGUGGAAAGCCAUUACGCUCAAGCCAAAGUAGGGAACUUUGUCUUGAACAUUGGAGAUUGUGUUUUUGUUAAGGGCGAAGGAAGCAAGAAACACAUAGGGAGGAUCUUGGAAUUCUUCAAAACGACGGCAGGAGAAGACUACUUCAGGGUUCAGUGGUUCUUCAGGGCUGAGGAUACGGUUUUGAAAAGUGCUGCUUCAUCGCAUGACAAAAGGCGCAUAUUCUACUCCACCUUAAUGAACGACAACGUAUUAGAUUGCAUCAUCUCAAAAGUUAAUAUAGUAAAAGUACCUUCUAUGCAGCGCUUAAAAAGAAACCCUGUGCCGUCAGCUGCAUUUUAUUAUGACAUGGAGUACUCUGUGAAUUAUUCAACAUUUCGUACAUUAGUUACAGAAACUUCCACGUGGACUGAGCCAUUCUUGUCAAACUCAAAGUCUCCCGAAGAAGAACCAGUUACGUUGGCACCCUUGGCGCUUUUGCCCGAGUACGAGUCUCCUGAGCAAGAAUUAGCGCUACUGGACUUGUACGCUGGAUGCGGUGGAAUGUCCACUGGAUUAUGUUUUGGUGCAAAACUUUCGAGUGUAAAUCUCAAGACGAGAUGGGCUGUUGAUUAUAACAGUGCUGCAUGUGAGAGUUUGAAACUGAACCAUCCAGAAACAAAUGUCAGAAAUGAAGCUGCUGAGGACUUCCUAGAACUACUAAAGCAAUGGGAGACUUUAUGCAAGACGUACGUCUGUGAUAUAGAAAGAACCCUGAAAUGCGAGACAGAGGAACUUCCAGAAGCCGAAGAGGCCUGUUUGUCUUCAUCGGAUACAGAGGGAUAUAGUGAUGAGUACGAGGUCUCUCAUCUGGUUGACAUUUGCUACGGUGAUCCUAAUGAAAGUGGGAAAUGCGGGCUACACUUCAAGGUACGUUGGAAGGGGUACGGCCCUGAUGACGAUACAUGGGAAGCAGCCGAAGGAUUGAGCAAUUGCCAAGAGCGAAUAGAAGAGUUUGUUCGAAGAGGAUUCAAGUCUAAAAUCCUACCACUUCCUGGCGAUGUCGGUGUGAUCUGUGGAGGGCCGCCGUGCCAGGGUGUAAGCGGCUACAAUCGCCACCGAAACUACAAAUCUCCGUUGGAAGACGAGAGAAACCGCCAGAUUGUGGUGUUCAUGGACAUAGUGGAGUUCUUGAAACCCAAGUAUUGCCUGAUGGAAAACGUCGUCGACAUCAUAAGGUUCGACAAAGGCUCUCUCGGUCGAUACGCUCUAAGCCGUCUCGUGCUCAUGAAAUACCAAGCUAGGCUCGGCACCAUCGCCUCAGGGUGCUACGGCCUCCCGCAGUUCCGUCUGCGCGUCUUCAUCUGGGGGGCCCACCCGAGCCAGAUGCUGCCGCAGUUCCCGCUCCCCACGCACGACGUCGUGGCCAGGUACUGGGCCCCCAUCGAGUUUGAGAGGAACAUCGUGGCGUACGACGAGGGCCAGCCGCACGCGUUGCGGCCCGCCAUCGUCCUCGGGGACGCCAUCUCCGACCUCCCGCCCGUCACGAACGACGAAUCCCGGGAGGAGAUGGAGUACGAGAAACCCCCGGAGACGGAGUUCCAGAAACGCAUCCGGAUGAGCAAAGACGAGACCACGACCGGGAAGAUAUCGGCCGGAUCGCAUGGCGUCCUCUACGACCACCGGCCGAUGAAGCUGGCGUGCUCCGACUACAUGCGCGUGUGCCAAGUCCCGCACCGGAAGGGAGCCAACUUCAGGGACCUGGCCGGAGUGGUAGUCGGAGAGGACAGGGUGGUGCGUCGUGAUCCGACACGAGAGCCGGUGGUUCUGCCAACGGGAAGGCUGCUCGUCCCGGACUGCGUGUUGACGUACGAGCAAGGGAAGUCGAAGAAGCCGUAUGGGAGAUUAUGGUGGGACGAGACAGUGUCGACGGUGGUGACGAUUCCUCAUAUCCGGGUGCAGUCGAUACUGCAUCCGGAUCAAGAUAGACGGCUAACGAUACGUGAAUGCGCGAGGCUGCAAGGGUUCCCAGACUACUAUAGAUUUUGUGGCACCGUUAAAGAGCGGUAUUGCCAGAUAGGGAAUGCCGUCUCCAUGCCGGUGUCGAGGGCGUUAGGGUACGCGCUAGGGGUAGCGUACCGGAAGGUUGCCGGAGACGAGCCGCUGAUGACGCUGCCGCCGGAUUUCUCCUCAAUGUAGCCUUCUUCUACUGAGCUUGCUAGGUUGUGGGAUUGAUAAAUGUACCAUUUUUCCCCAUGUCACAUUUUUAUCACUGAUUGUAAACAUUCUACAUGUUGGGUGUGACAUUGUAUUAAUAGGCUCGUACUCAUGAUUUAUAUCACUAAUUUAAAUUCUAAAUAUUAUCCGA